UCAACAGGUGAAGAAACAACAGGGCCAGUUGGCAUUACUUCCAAUCCCACGACUUCAACCACAACAACUGCAGAGGUAAUUACACCUACCACAGGUGGAACUACAAAAGUUGAAGAAACCACAACGGAGACUAUUCCAUCAACAUCCACAGUGCCACCUAAAGUUGUCACCUCUGGCCCAACAACCACUUCCACCACUGUAAUUGUUGAAACGUCUACCUCAACAUCACAGUCCACAAUAACAGGUGAAGAAACAACAGGGCCAGUUGGCAUUACAUCCAGUCCAAUGACUUCAACAACAACAACAAAGGCACCCACUACAAAUGCAGAGGAAAUUACACCUACCACAGGUGGAACUACAACAGUUGAAGAAACCACAACGGAGUCUAUUCCAUCUACAUCCACAACGCCACCUAAAGAAUUCACCACUGGCCCAACAACCACUUCCACCACUGUAAGUGUUGAAACCUCUACCUCAACACCACAGUCCACAUCAACAGGUGAAGAAACAACAGGGCCAGUUGGCAUUACUUCCAAUCCCACGACUUCAACCACAACAACUGCAGAGGUAAUUACACCUACCAUAGGUGGAACUACAAAAGCUGAAGAAACCACAACGGAGACUAUUCCAUCAACAUCCACAGUGCCACCUAAAGUUGUCACCUCUGGCCCAACAACCACUUCCACCACUGUAAGUGUUGAAACCUCUACCUCAACACCACAGCCCACAUCAACAGGUGAAGAAACAACAGGGCCAGUUGGCAUUACUUCCAAUCCCACGACUUCAACGACAACAACUGCGGAGGUAAUUACACCUACCACAGGAGGAACUACAACAGUUGAAGAAAGCACAACGGAGUCUAUUCCAUCUACAUCCACAACGCUACCUAAAGAAUUCACCACUGGCCCAACAACCACUUCCACCACCGUAAGUGUUGAAACCUCUACCUCAACACCACAGCCCACAUCAACAGGUGAAGAAACAACAGGGCCAGUUGGCAUUACUUCCAAUGCCACGACUUCAACCACAACAACUGCAGAGGUAAUUACACCUACCACAGGUGGAACUACAAAAGUUGAAGAAACCACAACGGAGACUAUUCCAUCAACAUCCACAGUGCCACCUAAAGUUGUCACCUCUGGCCCAACAACCACUUCCACCACUGUAAUUGUUGAAACGUCUACCUCAACAUCACAGUCCACAAUAACAGGUGAAGAAACAACAGGGCCAGUUGGCAUUACAUCCAGUCCAAUGACUUCAACAACAACAACAAAGGCACCCACCACAAAUGCAGAGGAAAUUACACCUACCACAGGUGGAACUACAACAGUUGAAGAAACCACAACGGAGUCUAUUCCAUCUACAACCACAACGCCACCUAAAGAAUUCACCACUGGCCCAACAACCACUUCCACCACUGUAAUUGUUGAAACCUCUACCUCAACACCACAGCCCACAUCAACAGGUGAAGAAACAACAGGGCCAGUUGGCAUUACUUCCAAUCCCACGACUUCAACCACAACAACUGCAGAGGUAAUUACACCUACCACAGGUGGAACUACAACAGUUGAAGAAAGCACAACGGAGUCUAUUCCAUCUACAUCCACAACGCUACCUAAAGUUGUCACCACUGGCCCAACUACAUCUUCUACAACUUAUAUAAUUGUAACUUCAAGUUCAACAUCACAGCCUUCAACAACAAGUACAGAAACAACAGAGCCAGUUGUCAUCACAGGCACAUUAACAACAACAACAACUCCUUCAGCAUCGCCACAAGUGAUUAUUACACCUACAUCACAAGCAGUCACCACCAGCCAGUGCAUUUGCAAUGUUAAUGGGACACAGUAUCUACCAGGGAACCUAGUGUAUAAUGUGACCGAUGCUUCAGGGUGGUGCUUUACGGCUUACUGCAAAGCAACGUGCCAAGUUGAAGUGGAAUCAAAUCCAUGUCCUUCCUCUACACCACCCACUGUAUCACCCACAACAUCAGAAGAGACCACGACCACACCACCAACAACUCAAUCCUCGCCAGACUGCACUAGCGUUCAGCCACCAAGAAAGAAUGGAGAAUCUUGGCAGCUGAAUAGCUGUACCACAGCAGUUUGCCAGGACGGCAUUGUUGUCCAGCUACCAGUAAAAUGCAAGCCAGUGGAGCCACUACAGUGUGAGAAUGGUCGUCCACCUGUCAAGGUCUAUGAUUCAACUGGAUGCUGCUUUACAUAUGAAUGUGAAUGUGUAUGCAGUGGAUGGGGUGGAUCUCACUACAUGACAUUUGAUGGAGUAUAUUACAAUUUCCAGGAGAACUGCUCAUACACCUUAGUGAAAGAAAUCAACUUCAAAUACAACCUUACCAUUAUUGUUGAUAAUCACUACUGUGGAAACGCCGACAGUGGAUUCUGUCCUCAGUCCCUUAUCAUUCAUUACAAAUCCUAUGAAGUGAUCCUAACCCAGCAGAGAUCUGGUGACACAACAGAAAAUGUGGUAUAUGUCAACAGUAAACGAAUCUACCCAGCUUACAGAAUGGGUGACAUUGCUCUAACAAGUACUGGUGUGGAGGUCGUGCUGGAGAUCACUGAUCUUAAGGUUCAGGUGUCUUACAAGGGGUCAUCAUUUAGCAUCAACCUUCCUUAUUCCCUCUUCCAAAGCAGCACAGAGGGCCAGUGUGGUACCUGUGAUAAUUCCCAGAAGAAUGACUGCCAGUCACCUAAUGGUCAGAUACAGAGCUGCUCAGUCGCAGCUAGCCAGUGGCUGAUUCCAAACCAGGACUGUCCAACUCCUCCAACAGCACCACCCUCUACCACCACGGCAACCCCAAGCACAUCCCCUACCCCCUGCAAGACAGUAAUUUGUGAAAUCAUGAACAGCAAGGUCUUUGAGGAAUGCCAUAAAGCGGUUUCUCCUGAUGCCUUCAUUCAGGCCUGUAGAUCAGAUGUCUGCAACAAUGCUAUUUCUAGCUGCUCUAGUCUGGAGGCGUAUGCAUCUGAAUGUGCAAAUAAAGGGAUCUGCAUUGACUGGAGGAAGUCCACAGAUGGAGAAUGUGAGCAUACAUGCCCAGACACUAAGGUGUACAUGCCAUGUGGUCCAGCAGUUGAACCAACAUGUAAUACAAAAUAUAAUGAGAAGUAUUUGAACAACCAAACCCAAAUGACCAAUAAGACGAAGGAGGGUUGCUUCUGUCCAUCUAAAACCGUCUUGUUCAGCACCUACUCUGAUACUUGUGUGGUCUCCUGUGGCUGCACUGGACCUGAUGGCAACCCCAAAAUGCCUGGUGAUACAUGGGAGAGUGGUUGCCAGCAGUGCACCUGUGACAUGGACUCCAUGAUUGUCCAGUGCCAGCCUAUCACCUGCCCCACACCAGCCACACCCAUCUGCAAUGAGACUGGAUACAGACUGGUGAACAACGCAGAAGGCUGCUGCCAGAAAUAUACAUGUGAGUGCGAUGCACUGCUUUGCCCCAAAGUCAUGAUGGACUGCCAACCAGGGUGGGAGGCAAUUAUAAGCACGUCCAUCUCAAGUUGCUGUCCAGAGUAUACCUGUGUUCCUAAGGGUGUAUGUGUCUACAAUAACAUUGAGUACCAGCCUGGUGCUGAAGUUCCUGAAGGAACUUGUGAGAAUUGUAUCUGCAGCUCGAUCAUGGAUCCUAGCACCAAGCUCAACAACAUUGUGUGCACAAAUAUCUCCUGCGACACUACAUGUUCACAGGGCUUCCAGUAUCAGGCCAUACCUGAUCAGUGUUGUGGGAAGUGUGUACAAACAAGCUGUGUGGUUACUAUGCCAGAUAAGACCAAACACACUAUUCAGGUGAACGAAACGUGGUCACCACCUGGUGACAAAUGUGUGAAGUACACAUGUGAGAAAACUGGUGGCCAAUAUAUACCAGGGGAGGUGAAGACUGUGUGCCCUGCAUUCAGCCCAGAGAACUGUGUCCCAGGCACAGAAAAGACAGACGCAAAUGGAUGCUGCAAGACUUGCACAGAACGCAGCAAUGUCUGUGAGAUGAAGUACACCACCACUAGCAUUGUCAUCAGUGGCUGUGCGACCGCUGAGCCUGUGGAGAUCAAUUCCUGCUCAGGAAACUGUGGAACCUCUUCUAUGUACUCAGCAGAGGCGAACACCAUGAUGCACUACUGCUCCUGCUGCCAAGAGGCGACCACUAGCCAGAAAGAGGUGGAGCUGAUGUGCCCUGAUGGGUCAAAGGUCAAGCACUCCUACAUCCACGUUGAGUCGUGUGGAUGUCAUGUCACAGACUGUGAUGCAGGCACGACCACCGCCCCGGGGACAACGAGACCGCGCAGGAGGAGGCGCUAAAAGUCUAGGGAGACAACAUGCACACUGCAAUAGGAAUUAUCCUCAUGACAUCGAAUGUUUAGUCCAAAUUUGUUUUCUUGUUACGUUUUAAUUAAAUCUGUCAUGCCAGUGUAUUUCUACAAUCGGUAGCACUUAGCAUUAUGUUCUUAUACCUUCAUUGUAAAAUUCAUGUAUUUUCUAUGAUAAAUGUGGUGGAGAAUCUCUUUUCUCAUUUGUAGUAAUUAAACAACAGCAGCAUCAUG